UGUCCAGCAUUUUAUAAUCAGGUAAGUUCAUUCAUUUGCUUUUUAUAUGUCAAAAGUUUUGAAAUAAGUGAAACCAAUUUUUAAAUUGCAGAGUACAAAUGUCAGUUUAACGAAUUGUAUACUUAAGGAUUUUUGGAAGCAAUCGAAUAAUCUGUUAUUAAUUGACUUAAUAAGUAAUCGGUGUGACAGCAGAUAGAUUCAAAGAAUAUUUGAGAGAAGUUGGAAAGACGUGGCUCCGUAUCGACUGCUGUGAUGAGGUUAUCUCCAUUGUUGAUUAGGAUUUUAAAUAUUGUAUUAAUUGUUUUAGACAGUCAACAAAAGUUCUGGAUCGCUGUUUCUUGAUUGUUAACAUUUAACAGUAAAUCCAGUUUUCGUAAAUCGAGAACAAUGAACUUUGUGUGGUGGAUUUAGAUCAUUUCGCUUUGUGUCUUCUGAAUCUCCCAUUUAUGUCUGUAUCUGUAGCACUCGACAGCUACUUUCAUUUACAUGCAGUUGACAGUUAGACACACACCUACUGUGUGGGAGCUGAUGGUUUCCCAAACCUCGGUAGGUGGGGUGUGUCUCUGAAAGUCCUAUUUUUCAAUUUAAUUAUUAUUUUGCAGUUUCUUGGUCGAUUUUAUAGUAUGAUUUGCCUUGAACAUAUUUACAGUAUUAAUGGAUGGAGUCAUGAACUUCGUCACUUUUCCUCCCAUAUACAUUGAUGCAUAGUUAUGAAAAGACUACCAUUGAGCUAUAAACUAUUUUCAUUUGGAGAUGACGUCGUAAACCAGUUAAAUUUACACAGAUCUUGAAAUCAGUGUGUAUUUGGCGGAAACAGAGCACAGUACAUCUUAAUGCAUUUAUUUUUCAUGCUAUAUAAAUUUAAAAAGCGAGUUAAUUGUGUAAAGUGUGAUUGUCGUCUACUCAUUUCAUCUGUCCCAAUGUCUUCUUUAUUUUUUUCUUCUGUGCUCUGUAAGGACUUUAAUUGUUGUACUGUCGCAAUUCUUCAUAUAGUGUUUUACUUGUUGCUGAUUUAUCCUUUACUUUUGAGCUCUCUACUGUGACAAAAGCUAGUGGAAAACGGAAAUAUCGAAAGUCAUGAAUUCUGAUGCAUUUUACGUAGGCAAACAGUAUCUACGAUAAAUGUGCUUUAUUUUCUUGUGAAAAACCUAUACAAAUUUUAGGUUUCCUUUUCAUGGGAAUACAUUUUUUAUCACAACAACAUAAUAAUACUUCUCCAUUGAAUUCGGUUGAGGCAUAUAAUACCACAAGUAUCCAUUUUGUAAACUGUAACUACUAAAAUAUUAAAUAUCUGUAGUAACUUUUGUUGAGAAUGAGUAUACAUAAAUUAAGAGCCUUUACAUUAAAGAAAUAAUCAUUAACUGGUUAAGCUUUCAGUUCUUGCCAACGCUAAAUACUGUGUAUACUUGUAUCUCAGCAGUUUCAUUUGUUUGUAUACCACUUCAUCUGUAUUUCGCUAAGUCUAACUUGAUCUAUGCUGUUAGUGAGCAUAUCACUUAAAAUAUUGGAACCUGGAUCAUAUUUCAUAUCAUGUAGUUUGGUGAUGGUUCGCGGUGGUGGUGGUGAUGGAGGUUACAACUUGUGGUGUUUACUUCUUCGACAUUUGGGAUGCUGUAGUUUAAAAUAAUUUUUAUGUUAUUGUUUCCUCAUUCGUUUUAUUUCUUGAAACCGUUUCAACUUCGACCACUGAAAUAAAUUGAUAACGUUUUAUAAUACGAAUUCGUUUUAGUUGUUUUAUCAAAGUUUCAACAGGUGUCAAUAAAGUUAAAUUAAUGUUUACACUUCAUUUAGGUACUCCAUAUAAUGAACAAGCUUCAUCUACCGCCACCUUUUGAUGAUCCGGAACAUUUUCCUGGGGAUUAUCUGGUCAUUUCAGCGACAGAGUACGCGAAAAUGCAAGCAAUGAUAGAUAACUUUAAAAAUGUUCCAAGAAAAGAUCACAAUGACAUAGAUUCGAAUGCAGAAGAGAUGGAUUUAUCUAGUGGGCCAGAGUCCGAACUUACUUCUGAUGAUGAGAUUAAAACAAAUUCACAGCAACAAAAUAUUCCAGUCAGAAAACGUCUGAGAGUGCACAAAAAACUGUCAUCUGCAUCCUCUGCCCGUUAUCCUGUAACUUCAAAGCGUCAAAAUGUUAGUGUCAGUGAUUUGUUUGAAGCAACUACAGUCUCUAAGAAGUUGCAUCUGCCAGAAGUUCUUAAUGUUAAUACCCAAUCAGAUCAUGUUGUAUCGCAUAGUGAUGUCGAAGGGGGUUUCGGACUUAUUCAGUCAGAACCUAUAAUAGAGGAGAAGUACUUCGUUGACGAGGUGCCUAAUGUUUCACAAGGGAAUCAGGAAAACUACUCCUUCUCUGUAGACUUCAAGUUGCGUAAAGAUCGACUGUCUGAUGAUGAAGAAAGCGUAGAUUUAGAAAAUCGGAUACCCCUCCCAGAUCAGCCAUCUACAAGAAGUCACGAUGUGUCAGCAUUAAUAGAAAAUAGUUGUCCUAACUUAAUUUCUGUACUUUCUGUUAAUGAAGUUUUAUCCAAUUGCUUGAAGGCUGAGGAUUAUAAAAACUAUAAUGUGUUCGCUAAAUAUGAUGCUGGAACUCCUACUUCCCGUUUAUAUAUAAAGAAUCUGUCACAAGCAGUAACAGAGACUGAUUUAUUCAAAAUAUUCGGUGUAUUUUCAAAUGGCCCUGUAAGUGAUAAUGAUUGGAAACCAAGCAUUUCAGUGGAUUCAACUGAGUGCUUUUCAGUCAGACUUUUGACGGAGGGUCGAAUGAAAGGUCAAGCAUUUAUUGGUCUUGCAUGUGAAUCAACUGCGAAACAAGCUUUAGAAACUACAAAUGGUUACAUGUUGUAUGGUCGUCCAAUAGUUGUUCAGUUUGCUAGAGGAGCUAAGGCGAAAGUGGAUGAAAAAAGUCUAAUACUAACAAACCAAUAG